AUGGCUCUUCUCUGUUUCAAUUCUCUCUCUCCUCUCUCUUCUCUCCCUCCUCUCUCCUCUCCGCGCCUUCAACUUUCGUCUUUCGCUUCACCAGUUUUCAGCCUUAAAUCGAGCGCCGUUGAGUCCAAGAACAUACUCCCUCUCAGUGCUUACAACUUAAGCAGUAGCCACCAUGGAAGAGCAGCAAUUGUGAAGGCGGCUGCCUCUGGAGUGGACGGGGCUGAGCCCGCGAGCAAUGAGGAACCAAAGACUGUUGCUGCUGCUGUCCCGGUCGACAAACUACCAUUGGAAUCAAAAGAAGCUAAACAGAAGCUACUGCUGGAACUGAGGGAGAAGAUGAAGUUGGCCAAGAAGAUCAGGCUUCGCAGGAAGCGUCUGGUUCGUAAGCGUAAGAUGAGGAAGAAGGGUCGAUGGCCACCUUCCAAGAUGAAGAAGCUCAAGAAUGUUUAG